UCAUGCCGACUAACAGUCGGAUUUAUUAUUCUUAACUCCAAACAAAACAAACGUCAGAGGAUGUUGUAUGUAAUAAAAGUGUUCGGAAGAAGGGAUCGCCAUAUUCGUGUAUAUAUUGAGUUAUAUAGUGUUCUUGUACUUGAUUGAAAUGAGUAUUGCCGCACUUUUACUAGCUGCUGAAUAUUUGGAUCGAAGAGAAAGAGAAGCUGAACAUGGGUAUGCGUCAACAUUGCCACACUCUCGUGAUUUCAAUCGCAGACAACCGAAGUCUAAGAAAUCCCAGGGAAAUCUUAACAGGACAACGCACAAUGAGCUUGAAAAAAACAGACGUGCUCAUCUUCGGAAUUGUCUGGAAAAGCUAAAAGAAAUGGUUCCUCUAGGACCCGAGUCUAGUCGACACACUACCUUAGGGUUGCUGAACAAAGCCAAGUUAUUUAUUAAAAACCUUGAGGAGAAGGAGAAGAAACAAGAAUUUCAGAAAGAACAACUUUUACGGGAUCAAAGGUACCUGAGAAGGAGACUAGAGCAGUUAGGAGCAGCUAUUGUAAUCAAAAAGAGAAGAAGUAUUAGUGAGAGUAGCUCACUGACAUCUUUCUCUGGAAGUUCUCCAUCAGAGUCAGAUGACAUUGACAUCUUGGGCUACAACAGUAAUCCAAGUGACACUGAUGAUCACAAUAGUAUUCAGAGUAUGAACAGUGAUGGCGGUAUGACUAUUACCACCAGAAGACUGUCUUUCAUCGAUGAUGUUACUCUGUAACCAUAUCAGGCUUUCACAUUUUUACCUAUAAUUUUUCAUAAAAAAAAGUACAGGCUAAAGAAAAUUGAGAAAAUAAUUGAUUGUGAGUUUAAAUUGUUUUAUCUUGUCUUUUAAAUAACAUAUAUAAAUGCAUGGAAUAGUUUAUGAAGAUUGUUUCUAAGAUUUAUUUUAUAACAUCUAUAAAAAUACUACUGGCUCUUUCUAGCUGUUAAAUUGAAAUUUCAAAUGUUUUUUACAUUUUUUAAUUUCAAAAUUUGCUGGUAUUGUAUCCUGUUUUUGACAGAGUGUAAUUCAUAGGAAGAAAUGGUCUUUAUUUCACAUUUCAGAAUUAACCUAAACUGAAGUAGGACUUCAUUUUAAGAAUUUGAAGUUCUUCACUAUCAAAAUUAAAACUACACUUAACUCUAAAGAUCUUAUAUUGUUUACAUUGUUACUAUCAAUUCAAACUAAAUUGCUAUGUUAAACUAAAAAUUUAACAUUGUAAUAACAUUAAUUAUAAUUUGUAGGUCAUCUUCAUAAAGAAGAUGAGAUCUUGUAUUUUUAGUGGAACAAUAUUUUUUUUAUA